AAAAAAAAACAAAAAACAAAACCACCACCAAACAGCCCCUUUUCUAGGCGGGAACAAAAUUCCCUUCCCUCCAAGUCUCUCUCUCCUUUCCUGAUCACGCUCCUUCUGCACCCUAUCUUUCUCACUCCAAAACCCCCAAUUCGUCAAAACCCUGAAUUCUCAAUCCCAAUUUCACCUAAUUAAUAAAUUUCAUGGAUAAACCUUCUGAGGGAGAAGGGACAGCGAUGGUGGACAGCGCUGAUGCAGAGAUCCAACAGCGAGGGAGCAGUAGAGUUGGCCGACGGUUGGUCCAGUCCACGCUUGUACCUCAUAAAUCCCCAGCUAUAGAAUCUAAAGAUGAACAAAAGGACUAUAAAGAUUGCAAUGGCGAUAGUAAGAAUGGUGAUGACGAGGAGUUCUGUGGCAGUCAAGGCAAGAAGAAAGGAACGCGGAAGCGAAAAGAAACUCCCCAAACUAAAACUCCUAAAGCUCGUAAAAGGGCAAAAGGGAAUUCAUCUGUGGAAGCAACGCCUGAAAAGAAUGCCACACCUAAAAAAUCAAAGGUGAAUGGUACGCCUAGAAAGAAAGCCACACCUAAAAAUGGUACGCCUAGAAAGAAAGCCACACCGAAAAAGAAUGGGGCAAAUAACGGGAAAAGUGCUACUCAUCUGGUGGAAAAUGGGAAUGUAUUGCCGCAAAUCCCAAAUCUUAGGUUAGAGGCAAAAAUGAUUGCUGAGGAAAAUUCAAGAAUAUUUGCUGGAAAGCAAAUACACCCUUUUUUCUUGUCUCGGAGAAUGGGUAUGGGAUCUGUCGAGAAAACUAUUCAGAGAAAACCUAAGAGCGUCACUAUGGGUCCUAUUCAUGUAUUUGAAAAGGAACAGGAUGAAGCUGUGACUAUUGAUUGGAGCUAUUGGGAAUUUUUUGAGAAAUCAUUGGCCAAUAGCAACUGUACUCUAGAAGGCUCUUCAUCAAUUUUUGAAUGCACAGUCAAGUCAUGUUUUGAUCAGGUUUCCAGUGUGUUGCAUCCCUCUGAUUCAUCACUUCUUCACAAUAAUAUGUCUUUGCAUGGACGUCCUUUCGAGCAAGAAUUUUUGCAGCAAGCAUCAGCAACAGCCAUGUCAUCUGACGUGCAGGUGGAAUGCCAUCUUGUUGAGGAUGCUAAAAUAGACUACCAGGUCGAUGAUGCCGAUCUUCUUUCUGGCCGUGUAAGAAAAUCAGACGGUGAGCAGCAAAGUAAUAUUCUGGUAGAAAGGAUGUCAUCUCACCUUGGUUGUACCAGUCAACCUGAUAACAGGUUGUGGACAGACAAAUACAAGCCCCAAAAGGCUGUGGAGAUAUGUGGUAAUAAUGAUUCAGUGAAAUUUUUGAAUGAGUGGCUCUACAAUUGGCAUCAAAGAGGCCGUCAAACCAACAAAGCUUCCAUUGUUAACGAAGAAUUUGAUAAGAAAGAUCCUGAUUAUAACUGUUCUCAACAUGAUUCUGAUUUGGAAAACUCUAGUGAAGAUGCCGGCCUUAAAAAUGUUCUCUUAAUUACUGGACCAGUUGGGAGCGGGAAAUCUGCAGCUAUUUAUGCUUGUGCAAAGGAACAAGGAUUCAGAGUUGUGGAGGCUAAUACAUCAGAGUGUCGAAAUGGAGCCACUUUGAAGGAAAGAUUUGGAGCAUCACAGUCACAAUCCACUUUAGACUCACAACUCCUUCAAUGGUCACAGGAAAGUCUUUUAGAAGUUCAGAGCAUGGAUAUUAUGAAGUCCCCUGCAGUCCCUGCCAAUGAUAAAAUGGUGCAAGAGCCUGACAGUGAGGUUAUUGAAGUAAUACCCAUAUCAGAUGAGGAUAUUUCUCGUGAGGCUACUGAAACAUCUGAAAAGUUUGCCUGUGGUCAAGGAACACUCAAGCCCUUGAUUCUCUUUGAGGAUGUGGAUAUUAUUUUCUCUGAAGACCAUGGAUUUAUUAAUGCAAUACAACAAAUUGCCAACAAUGUAAAGGGACCUGUAAUACUGACCAGCAAUAGUGACAAACCUGUUCUUCCUAAUAGUAUGGACAGGAUAACGGUGUGUUUUAAACUGCCAUUAGAGGAGGAGCUUCUUCAGCAUCUAUGUCUGGUUUGUUCUUCGGAGAACACUAAUAUUCAACCUAAUCUAGUAGAGGAAUUAAUUGAAUUUUGUCAGAGAGAUAUCAGGAAAACCAUUAUGCAUCUGCAAUUCUGGUGUCAGGGUGAAAAUUUCAGAAAAGGUAGUGAAGCACAAAAACUGUCAAGUCUGAUGCCAUUUAAUCUUGAAGCUGGGUAUCAAAUAUUGCCGAAGAUGAUCCCUUGGGAUUUCCCAUCUCAGUUGUCUCAGCUAGUUGUGAAGGAGAUCACAUCGGCCUUAAACAUGAUGGAUGAAAAUUCUGUAUUCAAUGGGGCCAUUGAAGAAAAAUAUGAUGACAAAGAUAGGCAAAACAAUUUGAAGAAGCCAAUUUAUGGAUCAGACAGUUUAGAAGCCAAGAAGAAAACAAUGUUGAGCAAGAAUUGCUCUGACCAUGAUUGCAUUGACUUCAUCCCUCUUUUUGAUACAGAAUCCAAUUUUUUUGAUUCCUCAAGCAGCCCAUUCCCAUUCUCUCAGAGAAACAGUAGGAGAAAACUAAUGGUGAUGUCUUCUGAUUCUGAAGGUGAUGUUGACAGAGGAGCAACAUCUCCUGACAAGAAUAUUAGCAAUGAAUUAUUCAUUGAAGUGGAUGGUGAAUGUCCCUCCCAUUGUCCAAGCAUGCAAAAAGAAUUUAGCCCAUCAACUGAGCUGAACCUUUAUUCCGGAGCAGAAAAGCUGGUGGAAAACAAUUACCAACGUUCAGAAACUGCAAUUGACUUAAAUGUAAAAGGCACAUGCUUAUCAGUUGAUUUAUCGUGUGUGCCAGAAUCAUCGUUUGUUCCCGAGACAGAAGUUAAUGACGGAACAGAAUUAUUACUUGGUAGGUUGUGUGACCGAGUGGGCCAAGAGGCUGAAAUUUUAGAAGAAGCUUCAGUAAGCAAUGAGUUCAGGCAAAACGUGUUGCCUGUUGAAGUUUACAAUUAUGAUGAAUCUAUGCCCAAUUUGCAUAAAGAUUCUGAUUUGUUGGGAGGUACUUGUGAUGUGACUGUAGUAUUAUCUCAAGAAGGGUUGGAAGAUUCUCAAAGUGAACUCAUGGAAACCAUUACAAGUGAACACCAACUGAUGGAUGAAUGUAGCCGCAUCAAUUUUAGUAGGAAAUUCAAGCAGCAUGAGAAAUGGAGGUCCUCUGCAGCAAUUUAUACAGUACAAGAAUCAUGGAGAAAACUUCGCGAUCGUUGUGCGAAUCUAAGACAUUUUGCUGCUGCAGAAAAAUAUUCUUCUGGAAUUGUAAAACUUGCUUGUGGGAUGAGCAAUCUAAUUUCAGAAGCGGAACUGUUGCAUAUUAAGUGCCAAUCAAUGGAUUCCUUGGGAUUGCCAAUAGUUUUUUCUGAGGAAUCAGAUGCAUUCAGCCGGUAUAAUGAGCAGUUGCAGAUGGCAUCAACGAUUCUGCAGCAUGGAUUUUGCUUAUAUGCCAAAGACAUUGCUACUGCAGGGUUAAAUAUGGGCUACGACAGCAAGGUGGAUUUGGCCUGGGAAGUGUCGUCUACCCCUUGUGAGAUGAAAGUUAAUAGCUUAUUUGGGCAGAAUAGUAAGGCCUUAAAUAUUGGGCUAGGUGCAGAGAUGAGCCAGCCAGAGAAUGGGAUAUUGCCAAACAGCGAGUGGAAGUCAAUAGUCCAGUCUGUAGUUCCUUCACGAGCAUAUAUGACAAUAAAAGGUGAUGCACUCUAUGAGUAUCUUUCUUCUCUGAGCCACAUUUCGAGAUCAGAAGCUUCUCGUUUAUCUGAAGAUGCAAACAAGAAUAAAAGACGGAGGGGACGAGCUGCUAGAAAUUACUUGAAUACGCUAUCUCCUGAAGAAAUUUCAUUAUUGGCUCAAUCUCCUAUCUAUAUGGGAAGAUUUCAUCACAAUUAACAAACACCAAUAUUAGAUAGAAUGGUAAGAUCUUGUCAAUAACGAAAACUAACAGAGCACAGAAUAACAUCUUCGCUAACUACAUUGUAGUCAUAGGCUAAUGUUGCACCAGUAGGAUUGGAUUGGAGACAUAGUUUUCUUUGUGCAAUUUGCUGACAGGAGCAAUAGAUUUAUUUGUGCCAUUGGCUAUGGCCAAAUGUUCGGUCGUGCCAACAGCACCUUAAAGCAAUACAGAAGGCAAGUAUCUUAACAAUUUCAUCGACGUAGCAUUAUUGUAAAGUUGAUAGUGAUUUCUUUGAUGGUAUUCAAACAAGGAGCAUGUAGAUACACUUUAGUAGCCGGCAAAUGUAAGAAAAGAUGUGUAAUAUGUGUUUAUCUUCAAAUAUAUUUAUAUUUAUUUAAAAUGGAAGUUACUCAGAAAUGCUUUGCACUGGUUU